CUCGCGACAAAACAAGAAAAUAUCUUGGCUGUCUGUCUGCGUGUUGGCUGGAGCUACGGUCGGUAGUGAUCGGCGAAUGCAUGGUUUCCGCCGAUAAAGCCCGAAUUGUAGCCGUCACAGAGGUAACGCCGGCAGUAGAAAGGGGACUUUUUAUACUGUAUAGUUUAUAGUACUAGUAUUUGAAGUAGAACAACCAUGGGCGUGGAAGUCGAAACUAUAUCUCCCGGCGAUGGAAGAACGUUUCCAAAGAAAGGCCAGACAUGUGUUGUUCAUUACAUAGGUAUGCUGCAGAAUGGGAAGAAGUUUGACUCGUCUCGAGACAGGAACAAGCCCUUUAAGUUCAAGAUUGGACGGAUGGAGGUCAUUAAGGGCUGGGAAGAAGGAGUAGCACAGAUGAGCCUGGGCCAGAGGGCUAAAAUCACCUGCACACCAGAUAUGGCUUACGGAGCGACAGGCCACCCCGGGGUCAUCCCCCCGAAUGCCACACUUAUUUUUGAUGUGGAACUACUCAAGCUGGAGUAACGCCUGCAGCAAACGACGAUGGUUGAAGGUUAACGAGGCUUCAUAUGCCACAACCUGUUUCCACAGGGAGAGACCAUACCCGGCUGCUGCCUCCCACCAUCUGCCUGCCCUUCUUCUUCUUUGGUUUCUACAGUUUUCUUAAGUUCUGCAUUUACAUGUACCUUAUGCUGCUUUGUUGCCAUCUUGUCAUAUAGACACAAUAGUUACACUUUCACAUCAUCAAGACUUUUACACACAUACAGCAUUUCAGUUUGUUAGUAUGCUUUUUUGUUGAAUGUCAUUUAAUGUUGUAAAUUUUGUUUAAACAUGAGGAAACCUGUCAUCUGAUGAAAAGCUGUACUACAUUUCAAUCAAAACAUAUACCACAGUCUGAACUAAGGGUACAUCUGCUGAAAGUACAAUAUGUCUGCUCUGUAUAUUAACUGGGCAUUAUAUACCACCAUCUGCAUUGCCACUUUGAUAAAGGCCUGUCCUGCUGAAUGCUAUGAAUGAUGUUGCUAUGUUUAGUAUAUUUUAUAACCCUCAUGAAUAUUUACUGCAGGUGUACCCUAUCAAAUUCAACUCAGUCCAAUACUGUACAGAAUACUUUAAGAGCCAUUGCUACUGUAAUCGUUUAUUGACCAACUCUUGAAUAAAAAUGGCAUGUACUGUGUUGAGAA